AUGUCAGUAACUCUCCAUACCACCCAUGGCGAUCUCAAAGUAGAAGUAUUCCACGAAGCAACACCAAAAACUGCAGAGAACUUCCUCGCCCUCUGCGCUGCAGGCGCAUACAACAACACACCCUUCCACCGCCUAAUCCCCACCUUCAUGAUCCAGGGCGGUGACAUUUCCCUCUCCAAAACCGACACACCAGCCUCCCCCCUCCCUUUCGAAAUCCCCAAGGGUGGCACAUCAAUCUACCACCCCAUCCCUCUCGCCCAUGAAAUCCACCUCCCCACCAUCCGCCACAAUACUCGCGGCAUGCUAAGCAUGGCUAGCAAAUCGCUAAAGACCCACUCUGCCUCUGGAGCCGUGGAGACGACGGAAGUGAAUGGGAGCCAGUUCUUCAUUACGUUUGCGCCGGCGCCUCAUCUGGAUGGGAAGAGUACCGUGUUUGGUAAAGUGUUGGCUGCCGGGGAGGGGGAGCCAGGUGGGGUGGUGCUGGAGAGGUUGGAGAAAGCUAAGGUGAAGAUUGAUAAGAAGGGGAGGGUUGUGCAGCCUGCUUCGUUGUCGGAGCAGGAGGUGAAGGAGAACGGGUGGGAGGCUGUGGGGAUUGAGAGGGUGACGAUCCAUGCGAAUCCGUUUGCGCUUUUAAAUACAGGAGAUGCACAAGCGCAAAACCAUGAUAUGGACACUAUACGAUCGCAGGCAGCCCAUACGGUAAACCCAAUCGUGCGCACAUUUCGCGGAGGCAUGACCUGCGACGACUACUCAACUCGACUCGGUUCGGGUAAUAAGAACGGAAUAACGAGGAGGGGAUGGGCACAUUUGACCCGGAGCACCUGGGUUGAGUCCAUUGAUUGA